AUGUGUAAAGCAUGAUUUGUAUUAUGUAGUAUUUGCCAGUGUCGAUAGUCGUUAUUGUAUUUUUUAAACCGAUUUUAAGAAUUGUGUUGAAGACGUGUUUUAAUAAUGGCCAAUGCGGAUUUUCGAAAGGAUGUAAUGGCAGUUCGCCCUCGCAGCGUCUAUACAGCCCACUCUUAUAAUCAGGAGGAAUCAAGUUUAUCUACUUUUCAAGACUACAGCAAGUUCCUUGAAGGCGGUCUAGGGCAAGCUGAGUUAGUAGGGGCGUCAGCAUGGCAGCCACCGUGGAGGGCACCACUGCAACGCAAGGCCCCCUUCUACCCGGGUGAUGAUAUUUACCAUGCCGACACUUGGCGGGAAUUGGAGGUUACGGAUGGUAUUGGAGGCGCCACCUACAAUGUCUCCGUGACGCCUCACGGCACUGUCUGCAUGCGUCUGAGGGAUCGAGUCAAGGUGGACAUGACAAUUGACGGAGCAGUGCGACUUACCAACGCCAAGAACAACAUAAUCCUUGCACUGUCGCGUUCUGGUGCCUCGGCUGCACUGAUCCAUCCGAACGGACGUGUCCACCAGUAUGGGUCGCGAGUUGAGAUACAGGCUCGCCAACAGCAGGGGAAUAACAAGUACGCCAAAAUGUGGUACAAGGGAGUGUCGUUCACCGCGGAGCAGUGCGCGCUGGUGUACUUAGUGGACGCUGCGGGCACUCGUACCACCACGGACACCUUCCUCGACAUGAGCCAGGACUUCACGCUCAACGUGUUCUAUAACGAGUCUCGCCACGGGCCGUCGUAUGUCAACGAAGCCCUCACUCUGCUCCAAGCGGUGCAGUACUGGCUAACUGACGACGGCAUCGAUAACUGGAUUAUAAACAACGUGCGCGUCAGCCAGACCUCUGAUGGACUUGUCCGGGUACAUCGAUGCAGUCACAAGUACCAACUGCGUACGAGCCCUAGCAACGGAUCGGCGUCCAUCACUAGCCCCUUUCUACAUUGCACAGCUUCGCUUGGACAAACUCAGCAUCUGUUUGUAAGGCGUGGAGAAAGGCGCAUGCAUUUCGACGGCAACUCCUUCAUAGUCCGCAACGGAGGCCACUCGGCGGGCUUCGACGACAAGAAUCAACUAAAGGUGUAUUAAUACCAAUAGCUUUACCUACCUCUGCAUUUAGUGGCUAACGCAGGCGACCGACUGUAAUCGGCCCGAUUAGGCUCUGAUAAUAAAACAUAUUUUACAGUACAUUACUGCAGCGGCCAGUAACUACCACAGAUUCCUAUGGAUUUUCAUACAAUUUUUGCGGAGCGCCGCGCUGCUCACAUGUUUAGUAAAGUAAUUUCGAUUUAUUUCGAAGAAGUUGACAAAAUAGAGCUCAAAUUUGCUCAAGCAUGUUUGAGGAAAAGCGCAAAAUCUGUAUCAAAAUAUAGUAAUUAUUAUUUAUGGAUAUCAAGUUCUAUAACAUAGUUACGCUAAAUCAGAAAUAUUAAAAAGUAUUAAGUAGUGGUACCUAUGGACUUCAUUAUUGGAUUUCUUAUUUCGUUUCCACUGCUUAUCAUAAUUUUUAUAUUAUUAAAAAAGCUAUAUUAUCAUACCGGGUUAGAUCUAUGCCCGAACACUGAGGAGAACGGAGUGCAGGCAUUAUUUAUUAUCUGGAGAUUAUCUACCUCUAAUAAACGGUCACCGACAAAAGCCGUCCAUUAAUCAUCCAUAUCCAAUAACAGUCCACUGCUGGACUAAAGGCCUCUUCCAAGAGGCCUUCCUCUUGCCCAAAAUCGCAGUAGAUAGUAGAAGCAGCACGGAGGACGCUGUUGCCCGUUCUCCGAUACAUUUCCUUUGGCCCCGGAAGACACUCGCGGGAUGAUAGAGGAGGUGACACUGUACUCUGCCGUGAGCACAUGGCAAAUUCAUUGCUUGGCAUAUAUCUGUAAUUGACUAGGUAAGGUAAAGUCGGUAGUCUGCGUUAGGUCUUUUUAGUUUUUAUACAAUAACGACAAUUCUAAUCAUUGUUUAGCCAAUGUCGAAUGUUGUACAGAACUCUGUCGGCCCUCAUAAUAUCUGCCACUGAAAUAAUUUAUUUAAUGAUUUCCCUUUGAUUUUUUUGUAAAACUAAUGCAUCAAGUCCAGGUAAAGUCUGGGUGAAUCUUUUUUUUUAUACUCAAUCGAUACAAUGCAGCAGUUUUUGUAUUACUUUUAAAAUAAUUAAUAUCUAUUUCAAUAUGAACAUCGCUAGCGCGUAAUAAAUAUGUAAACACAAGCUUUGUAAUAGCGAUAUAAAAGGCUUAUGCUGAAGAAGGAUUGUUAGUGUAAAUAAAAAAAAAUAUUCAGGUUUCGAAGUUGUUGAUAAUCACCGUUGACCCUAUAGUGUUAAUGACCAACAAAAAAGUGUUUAUCGCCUUAAUUGUACUCAUCAACCAUACAUUAAAAGCACAUUUAAUAGUAAAUAAGACUACAGUUGUAUACUUAGAUCGAUCCGUACCUACUGAAUUCAUUGUAAUACCUAAUUCGUUAUUUUUUAUGACUUUACCUCUUAACAGUACCUAUUCCCAGUGCAGUACUAAAUCGUAUUUACACUUUAUAAAAGAUGUUUAGAUUUUUUAUAACUGUAUUUCAAUUAACGUGCUGUUUGAUUAAUAAUUAUUCGAAACGAUGUUUUAAUAAUAUUUGAUGGUAUGUGUUUCUAGAAAUGUCUAGGCUUUAAUCCAAUUUUAAAUGAUUUUAUACAUUACUAUUAGUUAGGCUAGAGACACACGUGAGCGGAAAAUCGCGUCGGAAUUCUGCUAAAUCGUACCAUAAUAUUACGCAAGCGUCAUACUGGCGCGGUAAAGACAUUCGUGCGUGACAUUCCAUGCGCCCGUGACAUUACCACAUUGCCUCGGAAUUACACUUCUACCCUAGAGGUAGUGUAAAUUUUAAAAAAUUCUUGUAGUUUGUUUGUAUUAUGUUCGAAAUGGAAAUAUUUAUGAUUGAGAUACAGUCACGUUUGAGAGCUUAGUUUAAGAAGUGGAUCUAAUUGUAGAUCUUUUCUGAUAACAUUCCAUAACUUACUCUAGAGGCAUACGUGAGCGGUAAAUCACAACUAAAUUUGGCUGCGUUCAGGUUGCUUAUUAAAAUAUGAUAUUCAUCAUCU